GAAGAAGUUGAUCAGUUGGGAGGCAGAAGUCUGUUCAGUCAGAUUGUUUUAAAUGAUUUGGGUCUUGUUUGUAUUUAGUAACACUGGCAUCAAGUUGGGGAACGAACAACCUGAUAAAACCUUACAGCUCAUCUGCUUGAGAUGCGCAGUGUAUUAUAAGCACACACAUGAGAUAAGUAUAGUUCCUUUAUCAAAAUGCAGGGAAGAUGGAACAUUACAAAGUAAUAAAAUAGCAAGAGGAGAAAACAACAAACUGGUCAUCUAAUUAUCAUAAAGAAUUUGAAAAAUAAUAAAAAGAACAACUUCUUUUUCAAAAAAGGCUUCUACUGACUGAUUGACAGUUGAUGCAGGAUUAAGACCUAGGUUUUCUCAAAUUUCAGUGUAGCUAGCAAAAAAAACUGUUCUGCAUUUUGGAAAUACCAUCACUUUAUUUUUGUACUGAAAGUACCAUAAGAAGAGUUUAGAAUUUAGCCCACAUUCAGGCUAUGAAGUUAAUAUUUUGUCUUCCAAAUCCAUUUUUACAUUCUGGUAAUAAUCCAGAUUCAUUUCUCAGAUGUGUUGCUUCUAGUCCCUGAUUUGGAAUGUGGAAAGAAAUGAUAAAAUCAAGGAAAUACUAGUCUUCAAGCAUGCCUAGCUUUUAGUUUAUCUCCCAAAGUGAAGAAUCCAUGUAAUUUCCAAAGCAGAAGGAUGACCAUUUCCAAAAAGAACUGAACAGCUAAAAGAGUAGGUCUGAGACUGAUCCUAUAGCUGUAGAAUUCUCUUUCACCUGGGAGAUAGACUGAAAUUUUUUAAAUGUUGAUAGUUUAUUUAGAUCUGUAGAGAGAUCUGGACUGUUUGUGAAAAUGCCUUGAAGUGGAUUUCAAAGAAUAUCAUAUGUUCAUUUUUUAUGUUGAUGCAUAUUUCUUCAAUGAAACCAGAGCUACUCUUUGUGAACUGUUUUUUCUCAAAUCAAGUCAUACAAGAACCCGAUCUUGCAAAUAUUUAAGCUGGUGAGGAGUGUUACUCAUUUGAAUAGUCCCAUUAAGCAAUUUACAUCAUGUUUAAAAUCUGUAUGAAGCAUGGUUAUAUCCUACCUUUUGGACUUGUCUGUGUAUCAGUGAUUUGUGAAGUGAUUCCUUAAUUCAUUUCUGCAACAGAGCUGUCUCAUUACUACAUUACAGACAAAAACUAUGUUAAGGACCGAUACUCCUCCAAGUGAUAGGUAAACAUUAUUCUCCCAUUAACAGAUUUACCACUAUACCUCCAAUUCUCUGGCUAGUUAAUCGGAAAGUGGACAAAAUUCAGUAAAUGGCCAAGAAAUAAACAGCAAUUGGAUUAUUGUAUCUUUCAUAUUUUCCCCAGUAAAUAAACACAGAGGCAGUAAGUAAAUAAUUAUAAUUUAGUUAAAAUCCCAUCUGAUGUUGUUGUAAGCAGAACUAAAACUUCAUCACUCUGUAGCACCUUACCAUGCAGCAGCCUGCUGAAGGGCCGGAGGACAGCUGCCCCGUUUAUGAAUCCUUACCUCAAAACGAUCAGUAUCAGCUCUGUGGAAACCAGUGGUCUAUACCUCGAUGUGAAAGAGUGAAGAAUGUGGCCCAUUAUUUAGACCCAAUUGCUUUCUGCCAAUUAUGCUGUGACACUCUAGGGGUAGAAGUUAUUAACCCUACAGGUAGAGCAGCUUUGUGUUGAAGGAGUUUCUGUUGUAUAAAUUCCAUAGUGAAGGCAGAUUGGUAGGUGGUGGGGAGGCAUGACCCAGAGGAGCCAGGGCACUGUAAUUAAGUAGGUAGGUUUGACAAUAGCUAUGUGGCUUCCCUCUUCCACCUCCCUCCUCCAUAUAUAUUAAAAAAAAAAAAAAAAAACAAAACAAAAAAAAAAAAAAAAACACUCUUUUGUACCUCAUGUUCUCCCUUCCCUGCUCUCUGGGCCACAUUCAUCUCUCACCAUUGCCUUCAAUCUCUUUCCCAAACAUGCUGGAGAUCCAGCUCUUUUUCUUUGCACCCUAGAACUGCACUCAGUAUUGGAUCUGAAGUUGUCUCUCUCAAACAUCUGCUUGACUAAAUGUCUCUUUCAGCUUCAGGUGUGGAGAGAAAGCUACCAGCAAAGCAGGGAAGGAUGGGGCAAAGUCAAAUCUAUUGCUACAAUAAAGAGCUAUAGAACUAUACAUUGCAGUUUAAGAACUUGGCUGCAUAUUCAAGAUUUAAAAAGAAAAUCCCUCAUACUUCUGCAAUCUGACUAUUGAAAGAUGUAUCAGUUCCAGACUCAAAAUAACUUAGAGUUCCAGACUCUUUUAUUUGCUUAGGUACCAAAGCUGGAGUGAAAAAACACAUACUGUUUCUACAGUUGGAAGCAAGCUACGUUGGAAAAGGAAAUGUUAUAUGCUUUGAAACAUUCGCAAUGGAGACCUUAUUUGAAAGCAACCUAGCAUUCAAACAGCCCUUCCAAAAGUUAGACGAAUUUUGAGGAGAUUUUAAAACACAAAGCUUGGAAAUAAAUCAUGGAUCCUAAGACUGAGGAGAAAAGAAAGCAGCACCAUAGCUUGACUUUACUGGAACAAGUAACAAGAAUGAAAGACGCAGCAGAGAUAAUUGAUGUUGUUCUAGUUGCAGAAGGCGAGAAAUUCCCUUGCCAUAAGGUGGUGCUGGCUGCAUUCAGUCCGUACUUCAAAGCCAUGUUUACCUGUGGCUUGGUUGAAUGCACCCAAAGAGAAGUAAUAUUAUAUGACAUUUCUGCGGAGAGUGUGUCCAUAAUACUCAAUUACAUGUACAGUGCAGAUUUACACCUCACUAAUCAGAAUGUGCAGACUGUUGCGGUUGCUGCGUAUUUCAUGCAGAUGGAAGAUGUCUUUAGUAUAUGUCAGAAGUACAUGAUGGACCAUAUGGAUGCUUCAAAUUGUGUGGGGAUUUACUACUUUGCAAAGCACAUUGGAGCAGAAGAUCUAUCUGAUCAAGCAGGGAAAUACUUAUAUCAGCAUUUUGCAGAGGUGAGCUUACAGGAAGAAAUAUUAGAGAUUGAAGUCCAGCAACUGUUGACACUUAUAAAAUCAGAUGAUCUGAAUGUUUCCAGGGAGGAGAGCAUUCUGGACCUUGUCAUUAGAUGGGUUAAUCACAGCAGAAAAUCACGUGUGGUACACCUUAUUGAGCUCCUGAAGCAAGUGAGACUGGUACUUGUCAGCCCUUCUUUUUUAGUGGAAGCCCGGAAAAGGAACACAAUGAUCCUGUACAACUCAGAAUGCAAUGAUAUGUUUGAGGAAGCAUUAGAAACCAUCAGGAUAUCCAGACUGCCUUCUCUCAGUCUGCGAUACGGCAUGGAGACUACCGAUCUUUUACUCUGCAUUGGCAACAAUUCUCUGGGCAUUAGAUCAAGACAUGGUAGCUAUGCAGAUGCCAGUUUCUGUUACGCUCCAGCAACACAGAAGACUUACUUCAUUUCCUCUCCAAAGUAUGGAGAGGGUUUAGGUUGUGUUUGCACUGGUGUUGUCACUGAGAAUAACGAUAUUAUUGUGGCAGGAGAAGCAAGCGCCGUCAAAAUGUCUAGACAAAAGACCAAGAACAUCGAAAUUUAUAGAUACCACCGGCAAGGAAACCAGUGUUGGCGCAGUCUGUGCACCACUCAGUUCCGUGAACUCUAUGCACUAGGCACUAUCCAUAACGAUCUCUAUGUAAUAGGAGGGCAAAUGAAAAUGAAAAAUCGCUAUCUGGUCACAAACUGUGUGGAGAAGUAUUCCAUGGAGCAAGAUACCUGGAGAAGCAUAGCACCUCUUCCCUUGCCACUAGCCUGCCAUGUGGUGGUAACGGUGAAGAAUAAGCUCUACGUGAUGGGUGGCUGGACACCACAGAUGGAUCUGCCUGACGAUGAGCCGGAUCGAUUAAGUAACAGAAUGUUUCGGUAUGACCCGGGCCAAGACAAAUGGACAGAGCGUGCACCAAUGAAGUUCUCCAAAUAUCGCUUCAGCACAGCUGUAGUCAACAGUGAGAUUUAUGUCUUGGAAAGAACACCACUUGUUUCAGAACACUAGCAAACAUCUCAGAAAACCAAGACAAGCAAGGGAUUUUUAUGAAGAGAAAAUGAUUAUAUAAGGCAGGAAAGCAUGGAUGGAAAGAAAGGCAUUGUAAGUAUUGGGCAUGAUAUAGAGAAACCAUUGAAGAGGCAUCUUGGAAGGAGAAUAGGAACCAGGAAGGUGACUAAGAAUGAGAGGAUUACAGCUAGGAGUAUGACUGGAAGGUGCUUACAAAGGUAGGAGAGAAGUUUGUAUGACCAGCUAAUCCACAGAUGGGCUGUGGGUAACCCACACUCUUCCAUGCUCAGGGUCCUGAGGGCAUGAACAAGGUGGCAAUUACAUCGGCACCUUUUAAUCCCUGCUGCUUCAAAUUACUCCUUUCAAGCUUAUCAAAGUGGGCACAAUAAAUAUGGUCUUAUCAAAUUAAUAUAUUUUUUAUUUUAGAGAUGUUUUUGCUUUGUCUGGGGUGUUAUUUACCAUGGAUAAUGGAGAGUGUGUUCCUGACAUGUAACACAGAAGGCAUUUUGCAGAAGGCUUCCUGGAGAUGUGCAUCUACGAAAGGUGUCUUUGGAGGAGCAGAAGGGGAAGAUGGUUUUAAUACGGCAUUUGUCUUCUUUUAGAGAUGCUUCUUUCUCUACAGUGGCUUGAGCCAGACCCACAGGCACAGCCAGGAGAAAGAGUGAAAGAGGCACACAUGCAAAAGAGAGUUUCACAAACAGAAAAUUAUUGUCAAUAGUUACUAACAGGUGAAGUAUGCAGUUCAAUAAGGCAAGUGCUGGCUACUUAGGUUCCAAGGCGCUCUGAAAAUGUGGAGGUUUAAUACUCUUUAGAAGGUUAAAUAUAUACCUUAUUUAUUUAUACAGAUAAUGAUGCUGUAACUGGGAAGCAGAAGCAGCAGUAACAGUUGGGAAGAGAAAAGCUCUAUUCAUGCAUUUCAGUAACAAGCAUUCUGAGAUCAAGACCAAGAAUUCUGUGAUGACACAAAGGAGUCAGGGAGAAAAAAAGGACCUGUCUUCGGACGCUUGUGAUAAAACAGGCUGACAGCUGUUUUCACAGUAACUCUGAUACUGAAACAUGGAAAAGCAGUGGCUAAUAAGGAAACUGCAUCCAUUUUCUUCCCUCAAAAUCCCACAGAGCAAGAAGCAUAUCUGAAUGAAUACAAUAGUGAAAUGUAUAGAUUGUACACAAAGCAUAGUUUUAGUCUGAGAAGUGAUUAUUAAAAUGGCAUUAAGGAGUUCCAAGUGUAUGUGUCUCUUAGAGACUUUCACGUGAGUUUCACUAACAUAAAAAGCAUCAUUUUACUACGUAUAGUUGCCAAACUGAAUAUUAACUUGAAUUCUUUCUUAUAUGCCAUUAACUACCAAUACUAAUUUUUUGGUGGGAAGAUCUUUUUUAACAAUUUUAUUGGCAGAUAGGCUGGAAUAUAAUCUAAUUCUGUUUCCCAUCACCUUGUUGGUUCACAUACCUUUCCAUGAGCAAUCCUUACUCGAGCAGUCCUAGGGGAAUAAACGCAGUUAAUCCUGUGAUUAACAAUCUGCUGCACUGGACCCUUUGCUCUUGUCACUAAAUAUGACUAAGCAUAUGCAAGAGUAGUGUCUGAUCUUACCUUUAAUAGUGUAAAUUUGGGUAAUUCUGCUGUAAUGAACAGACCUGCUUAUAAUUUAUACCAAAGAUAACUGAACUCACAAGCUGCUCCAGGGAGCAGAUUUUUGAGAAAGAUUGUGCUAUUUUUAUGAUGGCAUUUCUGAAUGUGCCUCUGUUCUAAUGCUAUGUCCACUGCAAGGUGUAACUGCAGCAAACGUAGACUGAGUUAACUUCAGGUAGCAUGAGUAUUGAUUGUGGGAAGACAUUUUACAUAGGCUACAACACUAGGCUCCUUUUACAAACUCCUGAUUGUCUAUUUUCAGAAAAUUUGUGAGGAUUUUCAUAUCUGUAAAUCUGUAAAAUUUGGUUGAAACUCACCAAUAGGCUCAAAAGCUAUUAGAGGGCAGACAAAAUAAUGCAAACAGAUACAGAUCACACACGUACCAAGCGCAAGUGUGUAAUUCUUGUUUCCUUAGGAAAUCAUAUAAAAUUAGAGCUAAUUUUUAAAUCAAAAAUCAAAGCUUAUACAGAGCCAAAAAUGAUUUGUCAAAAAAUUCUACCUUUGAAUAUGCUGUUUUAAAUCCACCCUUAACUGCAUGGGUGGAACUAAGAAGAUUUAAGUAUUGAAAUUGAGAAGACAAUUUGGGUGGGAAAUUUUAACCAGCAUCAACUGAAAAUUCUAUAGAGGAGACUCUAAAGCAUUUUCAAAUACCUCUUAUAAUGAUGAAGCAAUUUUCAAAAGAAUUCUGUCUGGAAACAGCUUUACAGUCACUGAUACUGGCAUCUCAUUCUGCUGGUAUCACACAUGGUCUCAUCUCCAGCUGUAAACUCACACAUGCCAACUGUAAUUAAAAUCUUACACAGAAAAGAUGCAUUUCAUGCUUUAUUCAUGGUGACAA